CGUGGGACACAUUCGCCGAUGGCACGCUCGAACGCCUCCCUUGACGUGGUUCCUGGGAAGGGUCCUUGAAGUGAGCCCCUGGCUGGGCUGCGAAAACGUUGGGCCCCUUUUGCGCGUAUUCGAGAUCUGGUGGACGACAAAACUCGUGACUGAAACAGUGAGAAUACGCGUUCUGAACCCGUUAGAUGAUAUCCUGGCAGUCUCGGUCCAUGUAUGGCACACUUUCCUUGGGCAUGGCAACGAGCCGAUGUAGUCUCAGCUCGCUCUGGAGACUCCAUCAAGUUCAAUCGGACGAGCUAGGCUACAAUGAAGAGCUCCACGAAGACAUGCGGUGCUAUUCUGUGCUGCGCAGAGCUCGUUCAACUCGUUUCGAGAAUGAUACGCCGCCCUGGGUUGGAUCUCUCGACCAAAGCAUUACCAUCUCCACUUCAGAAAGCAGCCUGCAACAGUUCCGACGAUGAUAUGCCGUCUGCGUUAUGUUUUUCUUCCACGUGUUCGAGAAAAGUGACCGUGGCAUUGAGAGGUCAGCCGGACGAUCAUAGUUGGCGGCCAGAGGAUACACACGGCUCUUCCAAAUCAGCCGCCUCACCUUUUUCUCGCGCCACGAGAAAGAUUCAUUCAAGCCAGCCGGGACUGACGACAAUCAGCGACAAACAACACAGCGUGCUGAACUGCCGAUGGGUUCCCGGCAUACUUGUUCAUCACCCGUUGCACAUACUUGAUUGAUCACUUGGGCGAAAACGGUGAAUGGCUAGCAGCCCUUGGAUUCUUUAGAUAAGUACUGACCGGCGGAGCGUCUCAGAGUGCCGCACAAGAUUCUGAAUUUUCUGUGAGCAUUUCGGAGGCGCUCUGAUAUAUACCCCACGACAAAGGACGGUCCCCGUCGUAGUUGGAAUGUCUCGUCACCAGUUGAUGGCUCAUGAUGGGUAGGUAAGAUCUGACGAGGCUGUCCGAAAUUAGCGAUGCCCUCCCUGGACACGCGGGGGAGAGUGUUUCACAAAUUCACACACAGUAGAACCAUCUGCUGUGCGAGAUCCGUUCAAUCAAGAAAAUGCAGACAUUGAUCGCUCGAGCGCCGUCUGCAGCAAUAGAAACGGCCAGUCACCGCCGACAAAGCACCGGCUGCUGUCGGGAGCAUAAUACUCACCGAUCAUCAGUACAGGCUGCAGCGUCGAGCUUGACUGCUGCUAGAGCACAAAAUACGAAUCCAAAGCAACAGAUUCCAGGAGAUGGUCGAAAUCACACCGAGGUGCCAGUCCCCGUGCCUACCUGCAAAGCAGCCCUAAAGGAAGAGCGCGGGAAUCGGUCGGACCUUCAGAAUUUGUUCAGAAUGGACUAACGCCUCGACAAAUGUAGUGGACCUGACGUCAGGACAUUUACGGCGCGGCCCGAAGAACCCAGCUCGCCCCCCGCAGUAGUCCCAGAAUACACACCGUCCCCACCCUCGUCCAUGUCGAACAAACAAUCUGAUUCGUACGGGACAGAUGCGGUGGGGACGUGGUCCUGCUUGAUAAGAAGCGAGCGGGAUUCUUCGGCACUUUGAGCCGGGGGAUGCGAUCGCCUGCCAUCGUAGCAGUCUGGGCUCGAGUGCGCUUUGGCGGGACGCCCGAGGCUGUGGGGAAAUGCGACGGGUCCAAGCAAAGGUAGCUGGUUGUUGUAGUUACCGCUCGCCGCGGCCUGUGGGGACUGCUGUUCCUGUGCUCUCACGAGCUGAACUUCAUCGCUGACACACCUCUUUAAGAGCUAUUUCGCCGAACUCUGCGAACGGCCGGUCGCAGACAGAAGGGAGAAACCUGAAAGCCGACCACACGGCGCGCAAGGCGCCUGCUUAUCGCAUAUGAGCUUGAGCCUCAAGAGACUAUGAGCAUACAUUCUCCACAGUUCCACUUGGCGGAAACCAGUCAGCGAAGGGGAACCUAGACAAACACGGGGAACACAAUCGAGUGUGUGUCUUUCGGGGAUCCGAUCCUCAAGCUUCGGGGUGUGUUGGAUCUGGAACCCCUCACGGCGUCUGUCCGGCGCGCGAGCAGACGGGACCCAACAGAGAAGAGAGCUCGCGGGGUUUUCACGAGCGGCUGGAGUUGUCGGAGAAUUGCACCCGUGCGGGGUUCAGGCACAGGGCCCGGUUGUCCGUUGGAAUAAGCAUAGCGCAGCCCUCUGAUCGCCGUUGGCCAAGCGGUCUCGAGCCCAACAGCACAGCGCAGCAACCCCAACAUAGGCACGCCGGCGCCCCGGACCGGCGCCCGGAGGAGACUCGCAUGAAUGUUCCAAGCCCGACAGUUCUGCCAGAGGUUCGCUCUGCAGCCGGGUGUGAGCGGCAUGUGUCUGAGAAUCAUUCGAGCAGUCACAAUGACUUGUAGACAUCGUCCCUGAUCCGGUGCGAUGUUUCAUUCAUUCAUGUAUCAGCCAGAACAGCCCAAAGCAAAUCGGCGCGGUAACCUUCGUCUGCUGUGCCUCGGCCAACGAACCACUCGGUUAGAGAGAGAAAAAACAAAGUGGUAUGAUGUGUCAUUGCAUUUUGUUUUGUCGGCCCCGCCAUGGGCCAUGUCAACAGUGAGGUCUUGGCCCAGAAAUAUAUGAAUACUCGUCGUUAAAUGGCCUGAUCUGAUCUCAACGAGACUCGAACCACGUGUCGGCCCGGCUUACUCAUGGUGAUUUGUGGGUGACCGCGGAAUCUGAUCACAGCGAUCAGCCGAGGGUCAAAAACACACGCAGUGACGCCAACCAGCCCCACGUUCCCCCUCCCUCCCUCCCUCCCCCAUCCUUCCUGCCCUGAGUAUACCCAUGCCCGGCAGCAACGACGGCGCGACGCUGGUGGAAGCAGAGAAGCCGCACCUCGCGGCCGAGCCUCCGAUGCCGAAACACGAGCUUGACGAGCCCUCGAGUCCGGAGAACGAGAUCGCGGCGGCGGCAGAGCAUCCCGAGGGCCUGAAGCUCGCGCUCAUCACGCUCGCGCUGUGCCUAGCGAUCUUCCUCGUCGCCCUGGACAACACUAUCAUCGCGACGGCCAUUCCCAAGAUCACGGACGACUUCAAUUCAUUGGCCGAUGUCGGUUGGGUGUGUGGUCUCCGCUUUUUCGAGGUCCCCACCGUGCUUAUGCUCGUCGCGCGCAGUACGGUUCCGCCUGACUUCCACGCGCUCGGUAGAUACCUCUUGACGACGGCCGCGACGCAGCUGCUGUUUGGCAAGUUCUACACGUUCCUUCCCAUCAAAUGGGUCUUCGUCGCCGCGAUCGUCGUGUUCGAGGUGGGGAGCGCGAUCUGCGGCGGCGCGCCCAACUCGACGGCGUUGAUCAUCGGCCGUGCGAUCGCGGGUCUGGGGUCGGCGGGCAUCUUCAGCGGGGGCAUGAUUAUCAUCGCGCACUCCGUGCCGCUCGAGAAACGGCCGAUGUACUCGGGACUGAUUGGGGGCAUGUACGGGAUUGCGAGCGUUGCGGGGCCCCUCAUGGGCGGCGUGUUUACGGACAAGGUUUCUUGGCGAUGGUGCUUCUACAUUAACUUGCCCAUCGGCGGCGUCUGCCUGCUCUUCCUCCUCGUCUUCCUGCACAUCCCCCGAAAACCCGACCCCGCCCACGCCCAGCUGUCGCUGCUGCAGAAGAUCAACCACUUUGAUCCCUUCGGGACCCUGCUGUUCAUGCCUGCGAUCGUGUGUCUGCUGCUCGCGCUGCAGUGGGGAGGGUCGAAGUAUCCGUGGGGCAACGGACGCAUCAUCGCGCUGUUUGUCCUGUUUGGGCUGCUGAUCAUCACGUUUAUCUUCAUCCAAAUCCGGAAGCAGGAGAUGGCGACGGUCCCGCCGCGGAUCAUCAAAAUGCGCAGUAUCGGGUUCAGCUCGUUCUUCGCGUUCUCGCUCAAUUCGUCGUUCUUCAUCAUCCAGUUUUACCUCCCCAUCUGGUUCCAAGCCAUCAAGGGUGUUUCCCCUGUCAAAUCCGGCAUAGACAACAUCCCGCUCGUGCUUUCCCUGAUUCUCGCAUCGAUCGUCGUCGGUGGGCUCGUGUCCAAGAUCGGGUACUACACGCCAUUCAUGCUCGCGGCGUCGGUCGUGACCGCCAUCGCCGCCGGCCUGAUCUCGACGUUCACGACCACGACCGGGCACGCGGAGUGGAUCGGGUACCAGGUCCUGUUCGGCUUCGGGCAGGGCUUCGGCGCGCAGCAGCCGCUGAUCGCCGCGCAGACGGUGCUCGAUCUGAAGGACGUGCCGAUCGGGACGAGCAUCAUCCUGUUCCUGCAGACGAUCGGCGGCGCGCUGUUCGUGUCCGUCGGGCAGAACAUCUUCACGAACACGCUCAUCAAGAACAUCGCGCGCAACGUCCCCGCGAUCGACCCCGCGAGCGUCCUCGCCGCGGGCGCGACGAACCUCAAGGGCGUGGUCCCCGCGGAGUCGCUCGGCGCGGUGCUCGUGCAGUACAACGGCGCGAUUAUGACGACGUUCCGCGUUUCGAUUGCGAUGAGCUCGCUGUCGCUCAUCGGGGCGCUUGGCACGGAGUGGAGGAGCGUCAAGGGGAAGCACAUAGAGAUGGGCGCCGGGGCGGCAUAGAUCGGCUAGCUAUUUACCUACUUUAUAUCCCUUGUUUAUGUCUGGGUUGGUUUCCAGUGUCUUGACGGAUUCUUGUGUGUUAGAUUAACUUGUGAGGGACUGUGCGCUGCCUAGUUACAAGACCUGGCUUGGAGCAAACAUAGGUUCUUCAGCUGCUGUAGACCAGCUAAUGUAUUCUGCUGAUAUAAACAGUAUC